AUGUGCGACGACGAAGAGACUACCGCCCUGGUGUGUGACAACGGCUCCGGCAUGGUGAAGGCUGGGUUUGCCGGCGAUGACGCACCUCGUGCCGUCUUCCCUUCCAUCGUUGGUCGCCCCCGUCACCAGGGCGUCAUGGUUGGCAUGGGCCAGAAGGACUCCUACGUCGGCGACGAGGCUCAGAGCAAAAGAGGCAUCCUGACCCUAAAGUACCCCAUCGAGCACGGCAUCGUCACCAACUGGGACGACAUGGAGAAGAUCUGGCACCACACUUUCUACAACGAGCUGCGCGUGGCCCCAGAGGAGCACCCCACCCUGCUGACAGAGGCCCCCCUCAACCCAAAGGCCAACAGAGAGAAGAUGACCCAGAUCAUGUUCGAGACUUUCAAUGUCCCCGCAAUGUACGUGGCUAUCCAGGCCGUGCUGUCCCUGUAUGCCUCUGGACGUACCACAGGUAUUGUCCUGGACUCCGGUGACGGUGUGACCCAUAACGUGCCAAUCUAUGAAGGUUACGCACUUCCUCACGCCAUCAUGCGUCUGGAUUUGGCUGGUCGUGACCUCACAGAUUACCUCAUGAAGAUCCUGACUGAGCGUGGAUACUCUUUUGUCACAACCGCCGAGCGCGAGAUCGUGCGUGACAUGAAGGAAAAGUUGUGUUACGUGGCUCUGGACUUUGAGAAUGAGAUGGCCGCCUCCUCCUCCUCCUCCUCCCUGGAGAAGAGUUACGAGUUGCCCGACGGUCAGGUCAUCACCAUCGGCAACGAGCGUUUCCGCUGCCCUGAGACUCUCUUCCAGCCCUCAUUCAUUGGCAUGGAAUCUGCUGGCAUUCACGAAACCAAUUACAACUGCAUCAUGAAGUGUGACAUUGACAUCCGUAAGGACCUGUACGCCAACAGCGUCUUGUCCGGCGGCUCCACCAUGUACCCUGGUAUCGCUGAUCGCAUGCAGAAGGAGAUCAUUGCUCUGGCCCCCAGCACCAUGAAGAUUAAGAUCAUCGCCCCCCCUGAGAGGAAGUACUCAGUGUGGAUCGGCGGCUCCAUCCUUGCCUCUUUGUCCACCUUCCAGCAGAUGUGGAUCAGCAAACAGGAGUAUGAUGACGCUGGACCCUCCAUCGUACAUAGGAAGUGCUUCUAAUCGCCAGAGUGCCCCCUUCCUCACCCUCUGUUACACCCCCUCCUUUCUGUUCCAACAACCCAAUGUAUGGCUCCAAAGUCGGUCUUUGUUUACACUGAAGUGCAAUUUAUAUGUGGAUUUGUACAGGUUUAUAAAUAAAUGAAAAAAGGGAA